AUGGUGUCAGAUCAGAUGAAGGCUCACCAUCCCAAUCUCCUCUUCUCCUCUGCUCCCCUCUCUCCGAUGUCCUGGUCCCUUUACCAGCACACCCUCUACCGCCAAAAGGAGCAGUUCAGCGAUGGCGUGGGGCACAGCUGGAUAGACGGGCUCAAGGCACAUGCAGAGCGCUCAAGGCACAUCAAGGAGCAGUUUUCCGAUGGGGUGGGGUACAGCUGGAUCGACGGGCUCAAGGCGCAUGCAGAGGGCAUGGUGUCGGAUCAAAUGCUCGCCAACGCUCCCAACCUCUUCACGUACCUCCCGCCCAAGACGAAAGAGGCACUGUUUUACCGGCGCAUCUUUGAGAAGCACUUCCCACAGCGCUCUGCUCGUCUGACUGUCCCUGGAGGUCCCAGUGUCUCCUGUAGCAAGGCAGCGGCUGUAGCACUUAAAAUCCUUCCUCCCCCCCAACCCCCCAUUCUUCUCCCUUUCUGCUACAGCGCUCUGCUCGUCUCACUGUCCCUGGAGCUCUCUGCUCGUCUCACUGUCCCUGGAGAGCCCAGUGUUGCCU